UGACUGAGUUGCCCACGACUGCCACACUGACUCAACUUGUGAGAAGUGCUCUUGCCGUUGGCAGAAUCAGGGGCGUUGCUCAUAGGUGGGAAUCUUGUCGUUAGUGGCAUCAUCGGCUUAAUCCAAGCCCGGUGGAGGCAUUCCUCGCUUUUUUGUGAUCCCAUCAUUGGCUUCGCUCAGUCCGAGAUGUUGACUCCGCACGAAGCUCACGGUGAAUUUGAGCGCGAAACGGAGGUCCAAGAAGUCACCAUGAAUCUUCCGGAAGAAAACAAAUCAUUUCCCGGGGACAUUCACGUCGAUGCGAAUUCACGGACGAAUACAGAGCGGAUCCAGAAUGUGGAGAACUGUUUCGGAUCAUCUGGCCAGCCGCUACGGCAGAAUGGCAGAGUACUCGUGGGAGAAGGCGUCCUGACGAAAAUGUGCCGGAAAAAGCCGAAGCCUCGCCAGGUCUUCCUCUUCAAUGACAUUCUCGUCUAUGGGAACAUUCUUAUCCCGAAGAAGAAAUACGUCAGACAGAACAUCAUUCCACUAGAGAAAGUUUGUUUGGAGAAUCUUGAGGAUACCCCGGACCUCAAGAACGGCUGGGUCAUCCGGACACCUACAAAAUCUUUCGUAGUCUAUGCAGCCUCGAGGACGGAGAAACAACAAUGGACGAGUCACAUAAACACGUGCAUCAAUGAACUUCUGAAAAAAACGGGACGGAACCCGUCCAAGGAACAUGCAGCUGUAUGGGUACCAGACUCCGGUGCUGGGAAAUGUAUGGUGUGCAAAGAGACUAAAUUCACAUUGAUCAACCGGCGUCACCACUGCCGGAAAUGCGGUUGCGUGGUUUGCGCAAACUGUUCUCAACAUAAAUUCAUGCUACCCGCUCAAUCCUCAAAACCCGUGAGAGUCUGUGACUGCUGUUACUCAUCUCUAUCAAUGGGCAAGGGCGAAGUUGACCUAUCCACCGGAGACACGAGCGACCAACCCGAUGAUGCGCAGCGAUCAGCGAAGGAUCUUCGAGACGCAGAUACGACCGAUGACUCUGAAGAAGAUGAGGAUAACGAAGCGGAGCCAGCCGUCCCAGAAAUAAAGGAAGAGAAGUGGAUCUUCCAGCCUACAUUCUACAACGAGGAGGGAGCCAAAAAGGACGACGCCAAAGUCAAGAUAGAAGUCGAGGGCCCUCCGGAGAAGGUCGGUGAAGCGCCCCCGAAGGACGGUCAUCAAGCAGUCGAGGAGAAAAUGGACCAGAUGAAGAUUACUCCCGAAACGAACCAAAGCGAAGAAACUAAGGCUGAUUCUUGAUUUACGGGCGAUCCUUCUAUGCGAGAAACUUCUGAUCCCUCAUCCAGCGUCUGAUCGACGCGUAUGUACUUUGGUCCCCGAUUUCUGUUUGCUCCUCUUCUGGUGGAAAUUUCGAAUGAUCCCCCUUGACCUCUGAUUCACUUCAAAACGAAAAGAACAUUCCCCACGUUUUUUUGUUCCCGUCAGCCGCGGGCAUUGGUACCCCGCAACUGAUCGUACACCGUGGCCAUCCCUGUCUGAACGUAUCAAGUCAUUCCCAUGAAAUAUAUGUAUGUACAUCGGACAUAGAUCUGAAGAUUCCCUCUCCGCCUAUCUGUACUCAUGGAUCAAGAUCUGGAUCUGAAGAGCGAACUCGCAUGUCGAGAGCUACGAUAGGGGUCAAAUGGCUAAAUCCAAAACGCGGUUCGUCACCGCCAAUGGAGAGAUCUUUGAUAACGAUAUUCACCGGCGUCGAUAUGAUCGCAGCAUGCUAAUUAAGAAUAAAGCAAUUUUUUUCUACAUUUAACCGA